UGUUCUUCGUUAUUGUGGAAAGAGAUGUGGCAAGUCCCUUUGCUGUGUCUUCGCUGUGCUUUAAUUUAAAAUUAUUUGCAAUACUAGCUAGCUACUCGUAGUACCUUUUCCUUAACAAUCCUGAAAGGAUUAGGGUUUUGCGGCAACUCGGAUCUUCCCGCCGUCGACUUCAGCAAAGAGAUCGAUGGUUGUUGUAGAAAGCCUUGCUUAUUAUCACAGUACUACUAGUACAAUAGUAGGAGAACAAUCUAUCGGCAGGCAUAUAAGAAGAUGGCGAACAGAAUACUCCCAUUAGAGUUGAUCGAUAAAGCAAUCGGGUCCAAAAUAUGGAUCUUGAUGCGAGGAACCAAGGAAAUUGUGGGGAAUCUUAGGGGAUUUGACGACUACGUCAAUUUGGUAUUAGACGAUGCGAUAGAGUAUUCCCCGGAUCCAAAAGACAAAACCAAAAUCAUCAAGACUGAGCUGAAGUCUGAAAUCCUGCUGAAUGGCAAUCAGAUUGCAGUGUUGGUUCCUGGAGGGACAGGUCCACCAGAGGAUUCCUUGGCAGCAAAAGCUCGUUGACACUUCCUGGCAAUUUUGGGUCAAUCUACAUGUCACAGUACCGGUAUCCCUGGUACCAAUACAAAAACAAAGAAACUCUCUAGUAAGACACAAUUCAAUUCCCAGAUGUAUGCACGUCACCACAUGCAUGCCUCCAUAAAAGAAAGCAAAGCCAUGUGAGUAAAACUUUACUCUUUCUACUUUUAUUGUUUACUUUUUGCGGUACGUAAACAAAGACAACAAUUGCUGACUGGGGAAAUUACUAUAGACAUAGUCCGAAUGAAACCUGGCCCCGUUUGCCAUAGUAAGGCGUCAUUGGACAACCACCAUCGUCCAUGCCGUGAUCCGCAGGGACUCCAGUCUGCUCACCAAGCAAUGUGAGGCCGUCUUCAGCCACUUGGAUCAUACAUAUUUCCCUUGUCCUGGAGUGGAUGUUGAGAAAUGAGGGAACAUUCCUUAACCUGAGCUACAGAGAACCUCGUCUUGCAGAGAAAGAUCAGGGUGCAAAGGCGGUGGCAAACCACGAGGACGUGCAUGCGGUUUUCCAGGGAAACGAGAAGUGGCAGUCCUCGUUCCUGUCUCGCCAUUUCGUAUUCGUCGUCCAAAACCGUUUUGGAAGGCGCUGAUUGUUGUUCAGGUUGACCGUCAUGAGCCUAUGCAUGUUGAUCUCAAAAAAAGGUUGUCCGACGGGAGAACCAAAGGAACCCACCAUUCGUUGCAUACCGGUAGAGUGCAAACUGGAAAGAGCCGCCUGACCAUUACGAAGGUUGGGUUGCGACUUUAUGUUUGUGCCAAAAUGGCGCGAAGCGGGCUAGUAGUUGAGCAGGUUAGCCAUAGCUGGACACGUUUAGAUUCUAGAAGUUGAGCAGGUUAUUC